CUUCCACGCCCUUUGUUUGUGAUUGAGGAUAUCGCUGGGUCGUGGCUCUUGCUCCCUUCUGUACUAGGCAGACGCCCAAUAGUGCACCGACAAAGCUAGGUGGGUGACGACUGACGAGAAGAAGUUGGUUUACUUCCUUGGUGUGAAGAAGGAAGCACGGAAGAGGAAGGGAAGAAUGCCGACUCUCAACCUCUUCACCAACGUCCCCGUUGAUUCCGUCGUCGCCUCUGACAUCCUAAAAGACGCAACCAAGACAGUCGCCAAAAUCAUUGGGAAGCCUGAAUCUUAUGUGAUGAUUGUAUUGAACGGAAGUGUUCCCAUUGCCUUCGGUGGGACCGAAGAACCAGCUGCCUAUGGGGAAUUGAUUUCCAUUGGAGGCCUUGGUCCGAGUGUCAAUGGGAAGCUGAGUUCUUCUAUUGCAGAGAUUCUUGAAAGCAAGUUAUCUAUCGAUGGUUCGAGGUUCUAUAUCAAGUUUUAUGAUGUGAAGGGGAGCUUCUUCGGAUUCAAUGGCUCCACAUUUUGAGCUUUUUGGUUGAUGGGAAGGAUUUCGGUCAGUGUCUAGUAACAUUUCCUUGAUUCCCAAUUGUAGCUUCUGGAUGUCGCAGAAAUGAGUUUUAUUACCUGAGGGUGAACGUUAUGCAAUUGUUCGUGUCCUAUCCUCAUUCCCCGUAAGGAAUUACAUCUCUCUUUCUCUC